CUUUGCCCCCCUCCCUCUCUCUCUUUCUCUCUCCCCUCUCUCUGUUUACACCCUUGGAGAUGGUUGCAUAUCUGACAUUUCUCUCUCUCUCAGACAGCAGUCAGAACUGCUCUCAUCUGAAAGACUUCCUGCUGCAUAACAAGUCCAGACCAGGCAUCCGGCAGUACCUUCAUGUCCUGAUUCUCUCCUCCAGCCUGACCUUUCCAGUCCAAACAUCGGCAUGGAGCGCGUACAGCACAUUACCAAGUCGGCCAUCCGCCGUGCAUCCCAAAUCGAGGUGACUCCACAGGCCAAGAGGAACCUGCAGGAGCUCUUCGUCAACUUCACCCUCAUCCUCAUCUGUCUGCUCCUCAUCUACAUCAUUGUCCUGCUGAGCAGCUGAGGCUGUGCAGCGGACCGGGCUUCCUGACACUUCACUGAUCCACUCAAUAUGUGACUGCAUGUCUUCCUACUGCUGCUCCUGUCUAACACUGCCGGGCACCCACUUAGUGCAAUUCAUCUGAAACGGAGUAAGCUAUGCAUCUGCCAGCAGUUAAAAGUUGGAAACUAUUGCACGUACUGUUAAAAAAGCAAAACGUGUGUCACGUUUACUGCAGAAACAAUGUGUGAAACUCACAGCUUGCACUUCCACAGGUUGGAUGGGCUUCGCACUCCCACUUGCAUCCUGGGAACAAAAGAUAAAAAGCUUUGUAAGAAAUUGUCCCUGAUGUAAAAUCACUGAAUAUGCAGAUGAAACACGUUUAUGCAAUCUCUUUAGCAAUAAUGGCUGAAUCCUCAAGAGAAAGUACUUUAUGUUUGAGGAGCAAUGACUGCAUCCUGUAAAAAUUAUCUUAUUGGCUGAUUCAUAGAAUUUGAUGACUUAAAAUUAGGGCUGAUUCAUCAGUUUUCAAAUGAUUUGAUCAUGAAUGCAACUAUGUCUGGCAUGUGCCCCCUUUUACUGUAUUUUAUUAAAAGAGAGAUAAUGAUGUCUGAAAAUAUAUUUCCCUACAGUCUCUUUGAUAGCAGUAUAGCAGAACAAUUAUUAUGAACAAUGUGAAAUUGCAUUCAAAGACAUCACGUAAUUUAGGUUGAAUUCACGUUUUGAGUGCAUUUUCUGGUAGACUCAAUUAUUGUUCUUCGUUGUCUUUCUUUUUAUUUAGACCACAAACACAAACACACGUGGAUAAUAAAGAUGUUGUUGUGAUA